AUGGUUAAGGAGGCGCAGCGCAAGUGUUCGCAUUGUGGGCAACAAGGUCACAAUUCAAGAACGUGCAACAAUCGUAACAAUGUUGUUUCACCCAGGAAUCGGAAUGGGAAUGGGAAUGGGCAUUCCUUUAAGCUGUUUGGCGUGAAUAUUGUGGAGGGUGCAGAAGAUUCGAUGAAGAAGAGUCGAAGCAUGGGAAAUCUCGCUGCAUUGUCUGGAGGGCAAGGAAAAAACGACGUCGUUUCGGGUGGUGAUGAUCAUGAUGAUCAUGAUCCUGAGGCUGGGUAUCUCUCUGAUGGGGUCCUUCACAACGUCAAACGCAAAGCCGCUCGUGAGAGAAAAAGAGGGAAACCGUGGACUGAGGAGGAACAUAGGACUUUUCUAGCCGGAAUGAAUAAGCUUGGAAAAGGUGAUUGGAGAGGAAUAUCAUCCAAGUUUGUGACAACUAGGACUCCCACCCAAGUUGCAAGUCAUGCACAGAAGUACUUCAUCAGAAAACAAGCUCCAAAAGACAGGAAGAAACGUAGAUCAAGCCUCUUUGACAUGCCUUUUACGCAAUCGGAUGAUGUAGUUCCUCCUCAAGGUCAUCAAGUUUCAUCCAUGAUCAAACCUACUGCUGAAACUUCAUCCAGGCCUAGUAGGUCCCAAGGUUUGGCCGAAAACAAUCCUUCAGAGAUUCUCAACCGAUUCCCACAGCUCUGUUUGGACAAUUAUCCUGUACCUGUUCGUCCUGGUGUUGCUCCAAACUACCUAGUUCCAUAUGGGGUGGGAUUUCCUGGGAAUGUACAACCUUGGCCUCUGAUAAACAUUGGCAGACCAAGUUACUUGUACAAUGUUCCUAAUGUUUAUGGGAGUGUUGACAAUGGUGUACCUGUUGUGGUAACUCAUCCCUCUGGAAUCCCUCCACCAAGGUCUCCUCCAACCAGUCCGUCGAUCAAGGCAGCGGCCAGCAAAGACUCAUCUGCUGAUCAAACGAAUGGUCUUGAGCUCACGAUUGGACAGCCACAAUCAAAACAAGGGUCGGAAUUAUCAUCUUCUCCUGCAUCUGGGGCCAUAAAAGUGACGUAGAAAAGUGUCAUCUGUUAACAGAAAACGAGUCAUUUACAUUUUUCUUUACCAAUUUUGAUUUCGGAAUUUGAGGUAGAAAAGAGUAGCUGUAUGUUGAGUUUAAUAAUAUGCAAGUUUGAGUUCCAGUAUCUGGUUAGGAAGAGUGAUGCUUGCAAAAUCUAACG